CAUUGUCAGAGUUUGGAGAAAGCGCUUGCGUCAGACUCCACCAUCCUGCUAUAAAAGAGCAGGCUGCUGCAGCAGCAAGCAGUCGGGGCUUAAACCUGAGCCCUUCAUACACCUCCACACACAAACACAAAGAAGCUAGGCAGAGCAAUCUGUCUCUGCUGCAUCCCAGCCAUGAGUAGCAUCGGAUAUGACCCCUACUACUCGUCUUCUUUAUACAAACGCUGGUAUGUUGAGCCUCCCCCUCGUGGGGUGGUAACCAGAGGGAGGACCCACUCCACCUACUCUUCUCAUGCAUCCCCGCUGUCCUCCCGUCUGCAGUACUCCUCUCCCGGCCGGGUGCUCUUCUCAUCCUCCUCUCCAGCUUCUUCCCUGGAGCUGGAACUCAGCCAAGCGGCCCAGAUCAGCUCUGAGUUCCGGGCUGUACGCACACAAGAGCGCAGCCAGCUGCAGGAGCUCAACGACCGCUUUGCAGGCUUUAUCGAGAGAGUGCAUGAGCUUGAGCAGCAGAACCGUGCUUUGGAGGCAGAGCUACUGUUGCUGAGGCAAAGGCACACUGAGCCAUCCCGCCUCCGGGCGCUGUACGAGCAAGAGGCCCGAUCCCUAAGAGCAGCUGUGGAUGAAGCCAGGGCAGAACAGCAGGCUGUCCUAGUCCAGAGAGAGCGUCUAGAACAAACUCUGAGUGCACUCCAGAGUCGAUAUGAAGAGGAAAUGUUGGCUCGAGAAGAGGCUGAGGGCAGGCUGAUGGAGGCCCGUCGUGAAGCUGACCAGGCAGCUUUGGCAAAAGCUGAGCUGGAGAAAAGUGUUGAAACUCUGCUCGAAGAGCUGGCCUUCCUCAAGAGGAUUCAUGAAGGGGAGGUGGCCGAACUCCAGGCUCAAGUCCAGCUGGGUGUACAAGUGGCUGUAGAAUCUGAAGCUGCUACUCCAGAUCUCUCUGGGGCUCUCAGAGACAUCCGGUCCCAGUAUGAGAGGUUGGCAGCAAGAAACAUGCAGGCAGCGGAGGAGUGGUUCAGAGGAAAGGUGGGCUCCUUGACUGAAACUGUGGCCCAGCACAGUGAUGCCGUGAGAAGCUCCAAGGACGAAGCAGGAGAGUACCGCCGCCAGCUACAGGCCCGUCUUCUCGAGAUUGAUGCAUGCAGGGGCCUCAAUGACUCCCUGGAGAAACAGCUGCAUGAGAUGGAGGAGAAGCAGAGUGCUGAGAUAGCUGUUAUGCAGGACACAAUUGCAGAGUUGGAAAGUGAGCUGAGGGCCACCAAACAAGAAAUGGCACGCUACCUAAAGGAGUACCAGGACCUGCUGAAUGUCAAGAUGGCUCUGGACAUUGAAAUUGCUGCAUACAGGAAGCUUUUGGAAGGGGAGGAGUCUCGCUUCAGUGUGGGGGUGGCUGGAGGCGUGUCUUCUUUGUACAGCCACAGCUUUGCCACACCCUCCUUCACCCGGCCUGUCCUUUCCAGCCUGAGCUCUGGCACCUCCUACCUGAUGACUUCACGCCUGCUCAGCUCAAGCACCACUGAGGGUAUCAUCUCUGCCAGCCAUGCCCAGCAAGCAGAGGCCAGUCCACCUGGGGAAGAGGCAGAGGAGGAGGAGGAGGUGGAAGAGGAGGUAAAGGAGGAAGAAGAGGGAGGAGAGGAAACAGAGGAGAAAAAAGAAGAGGAGGAGGAUGAGGAGGCAAAGGAGGAAGAGGAGGAGGGAGAUGAAGUGAAAGAAGAUGAAGAGGAAGCUAAGGAGGUGGAUGAAGAGGCUAAGGAAGGAGAAGAGGGUGGUGAAGAUGAAGACCAAAAGGAAGAGGAGGCAGAGGCUGUUGAAGAUGAGCAAAAAGAGGAGAAGGAUGAAGCUGAGGAAGCAGAGGUGAAAGGAGAAGCACAAGAGGAGGAAAAAACAGAGGGAACUGAGGAUAAAGAGGAGGCCAAAGAUGAAGUAAAAGAGGAGAAAACAGAGGGAGCUGAGGAAAAAGAGGAGACCAAAGAUGAAGAUAAAGAGGAGAAAACUGAGAAAGCAGAGGAUAAAGCCGAGGCCAAAGAUGAAGAAAAAGAGAAGGAAGAACCUAAAAAGAGUGAAAAGAAAGAGGACAAACCUGAUCUCAAGAAAGAAGACAAAACCGAUGAGAAAGAUAUCAAAGAAGCUGUGCCCAAAAAAGAUGAGAAAGUUGAGUCCAAAAAGGAGAAAGAUGAAGAAAAAGUAUCUAAACCAGAGCCUGCUGAAGAGAAAAGCACAACAGGUAAAAAGUAACCUCAGAAAAGAUCAACGGUGCAAACCACAGCUCGAUGACCAGAGAAGACAUCAGCGCUGUCAAGUCUGCUUGUUAACAUGGUGCUCAAUAGAAAAGUCCAAUAGCCAUUUACAGCAACAAAUCAAGGUUAACUGCUUGCCAAUGUUCAGAGUAAUCCAUACAGAUCUGGUUGCACAAUUCCUGGUGACUGUGAUAUGUGUAAUUGCUGAAUGCAAAAGUGAGUGUGUGAGUUCUUGGUUGUUAAAUAAAUGAUUCUCAAGCCA